AUGCACUCCCAAUCGGCAGGCGAAGAUGCGAGUCGUUCCCCGCCGCAAGAGAAGCGCAGCGACGACUCGUAUGCACUCGAGGAUCUGCGGACGCGGAGGCGGUGUGCCCUGCUCCCCGGGCACCCUGAUGACUUUGAAUUCGAAGAUGAGGAUUAUGACGAGUUUGACGUGGACCGGGAGGUCGCUCGAGAUCCGCCGUUUUCCUGCACGUUCCAUGGCUUCAUCGCGUGGUGCCGCGGGCCCGUGCCGCCGCAUGUCUAUCGCAUUAAUCCCUGGUUUCCGAAAUGGCAGGCUGCGCCGGCGCGCCUGGUCGAUCGCUGGGCUCCGAAACGCUUCAUGAAAAUAGCUGCCUUGUUGCUCGGGGUGGUUUUUUGGGUCGCUGUGUUCUUCUCUUCGCUCAAAGCGUCUGUGGCGGAACAGGAAGUUCCGGGCUAUGGUCAGCCCGUCAAGCUGUCAUGUCACCAUCGCUUGUGGGCUAAUGGCACCGACUGCGGUAUGAAUGGGGAGCUUUGUAUGCCCUUUGAUGAUCAGUCGUUCGCGUUUCGUUGUCCGUCUGGCUGUGCUGCAGCCAUACUCCUUGAGCCGUAUAAUGUCGGUGCCUAUGAGUACAAUUACCGACCGCUGGUCAUUGGUGGCGUGCCUAGUGAGUUUCGUCAAGACGGUCGCACUAGUGGCCUCUAUAGAGGCGACUCGUCCAUUUGUGCAUCGGCACUGCAUGCAGGGAUGAUCAGCGACGCAAAGGGUGGAUGUGGGAUUUUGCACCGCAGAGGCGAGAACGACAAGUUUGAGUCCUAUGAACAGAAUGGCAUCGAGAGCAUCGAGUUCAUGUCGCAUUUCCCUAUGUCAUUCAUUUUGACUCGCCAGGCCUCGUUGUCAGGGUCUCACGAUGCAAAGCUGGUGGAAUGUUCCGACAUCCGGUGGACGCUAUUCGCUUUCACUGUCGCUUACACGGCCAUCUUGUCCAUGCUAGUGACUUCCGCGCCGGCCUUCUACACGGUGAUAUACUUCAUCGUCGCCAUGGCAUCAGAUCCACCCACUUCAGGCUUCUACGAUCUGGUCUCAAUUGGUCUUGGUCGGUUCUUUCCAGGUGCAUUUGUUGGUUUCGCCAUGUACUAUUUCUGCGUUAAAUAUACGCUGCGUGACUUGACAGCGCACCUCGACAAGACCAUUCUGUGGCUAGGCGGCUGCUGGGUCGGCGCCUUAAACACGGAUACAUUCGAUCGUAUCCCUAUCUCGCGCCUCACUCCCCACGAUAUCAAACAGCAACCAGGUGGGUUCACGGCACUUUUGAUUAUCGUGGGCUCUUCUCAUCCACAUUGUUUCCGCCGCGAAGGCCGCUUCUUUUCAAUGCUGGGGCUUUACGGUCUCAUGGUCCUUAUCAUUCUCAUUCUCGUUGCCGUGCCACACAUGAACCUCCGCAUUCACCACUACAUCAUCGCUCUUAUGUUCCUACCCGGAACAACACUGCAGACGAGACCCAGCCUCUUAUUUCAGGGGAUUCUUGUCGGCCUAUUUAUCAACGGCAUCGCACGCUGGGGCUUCGACUCCAUCCUUCAAACACCAGCAGCUCUUCUCAAUGGUGGCAAACUAGGCACCGUCCCUCCACCAAUCGACGCACCGACCAUCAUUGACCAGAAUCACCUCAAAUUCUCAUUCCAGGAUCUCCCACCGCAUGUGGACGGUAUCAGUGUCUUGGUCAAUGACGUUCAGCGCUUCCAGAGCUUCAAGUCAAAAGGUCGCGGUCAUAUGGAUGACUUUUCUUGGGGUCGCAGAUUCGAGAAUGAGAUCGAGUAUUUCCGCUUUGGAUACGUGCAUAUCAAUACAUUGGGUGGUGUUUGGUAUGAGGAUUUUACAGAGGCGGCUACUUGGGCUACUGAUGGAAAUUUCUUUUAUCCCGUUUAG